AUGGACGCCGAUUCGGAACUUUCACACGUUGAUCAUGAAAUAUGGGGGGACGACAUAGAGGACAAGUUCAUUAACAUGAUGUACGUUGACACCCUUAGCGGUUCACUGAGGGCUGGAAAGAUCACAGCUAGGGACCAUGCAAACUAUGUUGCACGCCUUACAUCUCUAGGUUUCAAGAUGUAUGAUGUGACCCAAGUUAAAGGAAAAAUACAUAGGCUAAAGCAAAUGCAGCGUCUUUUCACUGGCCUGAUGCACCAAAUUGGUAUGGGAUGGGACCCCGAUACUAAAAUGGUUUUAGGGAGCGACCAACAUUGGGCAAAUGCUAUUAGGGCCAACCAAAAAUUGAAGAAGUUUCGUACCUUUGGCUGUCCACGAUAUGCAAAGUUGCGUACAAUUUUUGGUGCUAGCGUUGCCAUGGGCACACUCCACCAUGCAUCCACCGAACCACCACCAGAUUUGGACAAUGAGGCGCAUCUUGAUGCAGAGAUGCGACGUCGGGGCCAAUCACUUGGCAUCCAAUCCGGUGGGGAUUUGAUUCAUGAUGGCUUGAUGCAGUUUUCCAUGGACAUGGGGCAGCCAUCGAGUUGCUCCUCUCGACGGCGUCAAAAGGAACGGGCAAUCGACAAAACUGAUGAGGAAAUAUCGAAAAUGUGUGCAGCGAUAACGUGUUCCUAUGAAGCAAGUCGAAAGUCUUAUGAGAGUAGAGGGGAAGCAUCAGGGGAAAAGUGA